UUCAUUCGUUCAUUCCUCGGACUUGGAAGUGGUGCAGCUUCAUAUCGAAUAAUUUAUUUGUAAUUUAUUUUAUUACUAUAUUCUUUCUUUGUAGUGCUUGUAAUUUAUUAAUUAUCCACCAAAAUGGCUAUGCAACCGCACAGUAAAAAGAGAGUCUGCUAUUACUACGACAGCGAUAUUGGCAAUUAUUACUAUGGCCAAGGGCACCCUAUGAAACCGCACCGCAUACGUAUGACCCAUAAUUUGCUUCUAAAUUAUGGCCUUUACAGGAAAAUGGAAAUCUAUAGACCACAUAAGGCAACUGCCGAUGAGAUGACUAAGUUCCACUCAGAUGACUACAUCCGUUUCCUUCGCUCAAUCAGGCCAGACAACAUGUCAGAAUACAACAAACAGAUGCAGAGAUUCAAUGUAGGAGAGGACUGUCCAGUAUUUGAUGGUCUCUAUGAGUUUUGUCAACUAUCUGCUGGUGGAUCAGUAGCUGCUGCCGUUAAGCUGAAUAAACAGGCUUCAGAAAUCUGUAUCAACUGGGGUGGCGGUCUCCAUCAUGCUAAGAAAUCCGAAGCCUCUGGUUUCUGCUAUGUCAAUGAUAUUGUUCUCGGCAUAUUAGAGCUGCUGAAAUAUCACCAGAGAGUUUUGUACAUUGAUAUUGACGUCCACCAUGGUGAUGGUGUUGAGGAAGCGUUCUACACAACCGACCGAGUGAUGACGGUGUCCUUCCAUAAAUAUGGAGAAUAUUUCCCUGGAACUGGUGAUCUCCGCGACAUUGGCGCGGGGAAAGGCAAGUACUACGCAGUGAACAUACCACUCCGGGACGGCAUGGAUGAUGAAUCCUACGAGUCCAUCUUCGUGCCCAUCAUCUCGAAGGUCAUGGAGACUUUCCAGCCUAGCGCUGUUGUGCUACAGUGCGGCGCUGACUCGCUCACAGGCGACAGGCUAGGAUGCUUCAAUUUGACUGUUCGCGGUCACGGGCGUUGCGUGGAGCUCGUCAAGAGAUUCGGGUUGCCGUUCCUACUGGUCGGAGGCGGCGGGUACACAAUCCGUAACGUAUCCCGUUGCUGGACUUACGAGACGUCUGUCGCGUUGGGAGUGGAGAUUGCGAAUGAGCUGCCGUACAAUGAUUACUUCGAGUACUUUGGCCCAGACUUCAAACUGCACAUAUCACCCAGCAAUAUGUCCAACCAGAACACGCCAGAAUAUCUCGAGAAAAUUAAGAACAGACUCUUUGAGAACCUGAGAAUGUUGCCGCAUGCGCCCGGUGUACAGGUUCAAGCCAUACCAGAGGACGCGGUAAAUGAUGAAUCUGAAGAUGAAGACAAAGUGGACAAAGAUGAGAGGCUCCCACAAAGUGAAAAGGAUAAGCGCAUCACCGGCGACGGCGAGCUGUCGGACUCGGAGGACGAGGGGGAGGGCGGGCGCCGCGACAACCGCUCCUACCGCAACCCUCAGCCACGCAAACGACCGCGGCUCGACAAGGACGGCGCGCAGGUCAAGGAGGAAGUCAAAGCUGAAGACACAAAAGAAGACGUAAAGAACAUAAGCACAGUGGAGGAACCAAAGAAGGAAGUCCCGCCUAACCCCUGAUGCGGGCGCUAGUACCUCACACUCUUACGGAUGGAUGCAUUUCACUACACUCGCGGUAUAUUAGCUGAGUCUAGCAUUUCUCGAAUGUAGUCGGGUAUAUUUCUUCACAUGUAAUAGCUUUUUCUGUUUAUUAUAUUGAGGUAUGUCAAUUCUUUAACGAUCAAUGUAAAAGAUAAGUUUUAUACCGCAACUUAUAGUUUGCUACAGUCCAUUCAUACAUGGCAAUAGCACUCAAUUCCUAUCCUCAGUGUUGGAUAAAAAAAUUGUAUCCAAUUACAUUAAAAUUAAGUUUUGAGAUACAUACAGUCAUGAGCAAUAUAAUGUACCCACUUUAGGACUCUGUCGCACUAACAUAUUUGACAUUUAGUGAGAUUUACAGUUCAAUUUGUCAAAAAAGUUAAUGUGCCAUGGUACCAAAGUGUAUACAUAUUAAUGCUUGUGACCGUACAUAAGCCGGAAUGAAUACACAUGUGAUUGAAUAAUACCCGUACCUCUAAGAUCUCUGAUAUUGUAUUUUACAGUAAUAUUGGUGCAGGUUCCAGCAGAAACCUAAUUUUAAUUGAAGUUACCUCUGUCAUUUUCUUAUCCACCGAAAACGAUAGGGACGGAUUAUCGACAAGUGAAUAGCUAUCGUCCCUUUCGUUUUUGACUUAUAAGAAAAUGACAGGUAUCACUUGAAAUAAAAUUAGGUGUCUACUGGAAAUAACAAUAUUAACAAGAUGUUAUGACUUACCUCCAAUAAUGAGGCACAAUUCGCUAUAGUAUUAGGAUUUUUUACUUGUAAUCUGUAGGUAGGGUAGAUAUGAAUUUUUAGGAUAAAUGAUGCAAAGGCGUUUGUCGAUAUCAAACAUUAAAAAAUAUCGAACAAUUGACAAACGCCUUCGCUUGGAAGAAUUUAACUGUAAGUAUCUUGCUACAUCUCCAAUACAAUUUGUUUGGUAUUAUUGUACUGAUUUUUAUAAAUUAUACUGACAAAUAUAUUUAUCAGUAUAAUUAUAAUAAAUAUAUUUGGCAGUAGAAUUUAAAAGUAAUCGAAGACAUUAUUUUUAUAUUUAAAAUUAGAUAAUUACACGAGUGUGACGUCAAUUGUAAUAUUUGGCAGAUAAGAAAUUCACACUUUAAAUUAGGUAAAAUCCUUGAGGUUUAGGAUUUGAUUUCUUGUCAUGGGGGUCUAAACCCGCGGGCGGAACUACUCUGCAUGCGCACCAAACACACACUUGAUUUUCAACGAAUAGAUGCAGAUAUACUUUGCAGAGAAGAAUAAAGAUCGCGGAUAGAGCCCACUAGCAUAAUUAUGACCAUAAUCCGCAUGACAGAAAACAGGUCCUCUUGCCUGCAUUACCAACUCUCCCUUCAACGUUGCAAUAAUAUACGACUGAUUUCCUAAUAACAUAACAUAGUUGUUAUCUAUCACAUGUCUGCCAGCAUUAGUAGACCAUGCAGUGAUGUGAAUUAUUAAUAUUUUAUUUAUUCUUGACAUCAUGAUAGAAUCAAAACGAUAUGUGGAAACUUAAGAGUACCGCAGUUUCAUGUUAGUUUUAUUCUGUCACCUUAUUUACGUAGUUUGCGAAUUACUCUAAUUAUAGUAAAAUGUUCUAGGUAAAUAAGUCCUGCGACAGUUUCGUAUAUAAGAUGAAUUAUACGUUUAAUUUGGGAUUUGCUCGGUUAAUCCGCCUAAGAGUCGAAGCACUAACACUAAUUAUAUAAAGAAUCUGAUGUACGAUGUUCCUUGUCUACAAACUAUUAUAUAUCAUAAUUAAAGUUUACUUCUCAUCAAUAUCCUAUUUCGUACUUCCUUUAAUUGGCAAGAUAGAAUCGUGUAUACUACUACUGCUAUUUAACAGGGCUUUGAGUCUGCUGUUGCGCCCUGAACUUUAGUUUACUCAUCUGACGAAGUUUUUCUAUCGAGUGGUUUCAUAAUAGAUAUUGGUUUAAAAACAUAGGAAUAUUGUGUUCUAUGUUUAAUUUUUAGGAACCGUGAUGUUCGUUUUUUUAAUCGAAACGAUUUUUUUAUCCAUGCGGAUUAGGAUUAAGAGAACUGUAAAUAUUAUUUUUUAUUGUUAAAUAUAACAGAUUGUGUCUAAA